AUGAGGGGAAGUGAUCUCAGCGAUGUCUCCAUAAUUAAAAGAAUGCGUGGUGUUGAGGUUUUGGCGCUGAGCGUCAACAAAAUUACCACAUUGCAACCAUUUGAAGACUGCCACAAACUUCAGGAAUUAUAUUUGCGUAAAAACAAUAUACAGGAUAUUAAUGAAAUCGCCUAUCUGCAAAGCUUGCCUGCUCUCAAGUAUUUAUGGUUGGAGGAGAAUCCGUGCUGUGAUCGGGUUGGGCCCAAUUACCGCCAAACAGUGCUUCGCGCCCUGCCAAAUCUGAAGAAGUUGGAUAAUGUUGAGGUGACACAGGAGGAGCUCGAUGAGGCUUUGCGUGGUGGCGGCGGCGGCAGCGGUAGUGGUUCCGGCGGGACGCGAGAAGAGGAGGACGUGUACGAGGAUAGCUAUGCGCAACAACAGCCAACACAGCGUUAUGAACAGCCUUCACCUCCUCAGCAGCAACAACAACAACAACAGCUGCAGCAGCAAUCACAACAAAAUCAGUACCCGCCACAACACAGACAACAACAACAACAACAACAAGCGGCGUCACAGUACCAACAUAAUUCGUCACCGCAACAAUAUCAGCAGCGCCGCAGUUCGAGUCCAAUGAAAGAGGAGCCAGUUGCUGCGCAUACACCUUCACCGAAAUAUAAUUCAUACACGAACGUGAAUCGGUUGUCCUAUCAUCAAAAUGAUCGCUCUCCGGGCUCGGAUCAGGAUAGUCCGCAUGUUGGGUACCGGGAGCGUGCGCCCAUCCCACCUAGCAUAUCUACACAAUCGAUGAAGGAAUACUACCAGUCUGACCGUCCGUCAUAUCCUGCCCAUUACCGUCAUAGCCAAACCGAUUUGACUGAGUGGGAGGAACAGCAGCAGCACAAUCAAUUUGGCAGCACUGCUGCAUUGCAUCAUGCCGGCAGUGGUGGUCCGCGUCGAAGUGAGGUCAGUGACCGUUAUGCUUAUCGGAAUGGCAGCGCGCGUGAAAAUGGCGGCGAUUGGGACGAUGCGGAGCGACCGCGAGCCAGGCGGCCCGAUGGACGUUACAGUGACUCAGCUAGCACCGUUUCAACAGCUGUACUUAAUCAUUAUUCGGGCUAUCAUAGGCGCCCCAUAAAUCGGAGUUCGAAUUUGCUAUCGGCAACUUUGUGCCUCGUCAAAGAGCUGGACUACCCGAGCUUAGAGGUGGUGGAGCACGCCGUGCGUUGUCGCAUCGAUGAACUGUCGGCAGACUGAUGAUGAAUGCGCCGCAUGCCGUCCUGUUGAGGAAUGCGGCGGCAACCGUGAGACGGACACGCUGUACAGUUGCCAGUGUCACUUCGAACACACAAAAAAAAAA